AAAGAGGGACUGUUUGAGUUCGAUUCGACAUCUCCAUCAGAUACAUGUACUCGAACAACUACAUCAGCAACAAUAACAAAUUUAACAUGCUACUACCAGAAUUCUCUUAAUAUAGAGCUGGUUCGCCAGCCAUCGCUCAAGUUUAAUGUAGAAGUGGAAAAUUGCGAGAAUGUGGUGGUUGGUGAUUAUGCCAAAGCUAACAUUUGCUGUUGUCAGAAUAAGGGAACGGUGAAUCAAACUGCAAGCUGUAGAUCCACUGGACGGCACCUGAAUGAAACUGUUCGCUUGUGCGAGCUGAUGGCGACAUAACUCCGACAGGGUUGUCCAAAAGAAAGACGAAGAAACGCUCACCCAGUGAGAAAAACAGCAGGAAAAAAUCCGCCACAAAGACGAACUCGGAGUCGGGGAAAAUCAAGACAAAAUGGCGAUUUCCUUUAAACCUGUCUGAUUUCACGGACACUGAAAGCUUGCAACACAGCAUUGAUCAGUGGCUAGAGAUGGUUAUCUCGGACUUGCUAUCUGAAGCUCAAGAUCUGGAUGAUUUUGAGUCACUGAUAAAGCUAUUGGAAGAGGCAAGAAAUCUUCAUGAAAGCAUGAAUCUUCAUGAAAGCAUCCUUAAACUGGCUGAGACGAUCCGAGCAAUGAGUACACAUGUUGAAAUAAAAGACGGUGGAAACUACAAUGUCUUGUUAAUUAAAACCCAGUUUGUAUUGGCAGAGUUUCAUACCAAAGAAGGAAAAUAUUUGUCAGCAUUAGACUGUUUAAGGGAAUUAGAAGAGAGCCUGUCUGAAGACACUCAAAAAUCCAGGCUUUACGCGAAAACUGCUAAAAUUAUGGAACACUGCUUAGAAUAUUCAGUGGACUUCCCUACAGAUCAAAAGGAGCACGAAGAUGGUUUUAAUACGUCGGUUUCGAACCGAAAUCCCGACGAAGUUGUACUGAGUUAUUAUGAAAAAGCUCUGAAAUUUAGCAACAAAGAACCGUUAGUAGAGAAGCGGGAAAUUAUUCAGAGAUGCUGCUAUUUGGGAAAAGCAGCUGUUCAGAUGCGACUUUGGGAAAGACAAACUGAAACUGAAAGAAAUUUACCGGAAGUGCGACAAAACUUGUCAUCAACAGAAAGACUUUUCAGCAGCAUUUUACCCCCUAUGAGAUGUCAAUUUUACCUAGCUGAAGCGUUUUUGCAUUUCUUUGAAGGAGGGCACCAAAUGGUGGCAGAAAUGAAGAUACAGAAGGCUAAAACAAUAGCUGAAAAGGAACAUUUCUUGGAAAGAAAGUGCUUGGGCUCAAAGAGGCUGCAUUUUCUAUUAACAGAAUUAAAUAAGAGUACAGACAUUUCAGAAGUCGGAGGAGAGACCCUAGAUUUUAAUUCUGUCGAAGACCAGUUGUAAGAAAAAAAAUAGACUUAAGUGUUCAACGAGUUAUAAUCUGUUAUUUCCCAGUUUGGAGGGAAAUGCAUUGUAAGAAUUAAAUAAAUCAAAUAUACUUAUUCGUCAAGUGAGAUUCAAAUCCUGGAGUGUUUUUUGUAAAGGAACUUCAGAUACAUCAGUCCCAUUCUCGCUGCACUUUGAAGAGAAAAUUUCGUUAUCUUGAUAUCAGAACAGGGUACCAACAGCAAUGUUGUAUCAACCAGCAUAUACCUUCAGAACCUAAUUAUUAUUUCAUGGCUUCCCGGAACUCUUAUUUGACCGAGAGAAGAAAAGAAAAUUAAACCUUUACAGCUAAAGCAUGUUCAAUUAUGUCCUCUUAUCCUUCAGCCUUCUGUUUUAUCUUUCUGUGUUUUUAGCGUCACGGGAAAAGCUAACCUGGUACAUUUAUGUCCACUGAACAUCUUUCAAUUCGUAUUUUGCUCGAUCUGUCGCAGUUUGCAUCAUAUGAAUAUGAAAAUUAGUUUCUUGUGAUGUCUCUGUAAUUGUCACGCAUCACAAAUUUUAAAUAUGCGCACUAUUUUCUAUUUUUAGUAAGUCAUAUACGAAGUGAAACCAACCUAUUCACCGGCCCACGUUUAUAGUUCAAAACACAAAAUUCCUGUGGCGUUUACGGUCAAUUAUUUGUGAAGAAAAUGUCGAAAUCGGCAUUUGAAAACAUAGUGGGUAAAGCAUGAGCCUGUUACGAGAAUAUAUCUACGACAACAAUGUCAGAAAACUUGGAAGCGCAUUUAAUUUUGUCAUGGAUGCCACGAAACCACCAGAAUCACAGACUCCGCUGUUGGAAGGCGAUGCGGCUGAGGGCAGUAACUGUUCCCAUUCUUUGCAUGGAAAAGAAAUAAAAAUCAACGCCAUGGAUGGUAGCUUUAGGGGAUCACUCACAGUUGAACAUCUGCAAACGAUGUCAUCCUAGGCAGCUAGUGUCACAAAACAAAAGCGCUGAAAGCGGAGUGUCAGUUGCAGAUGGAAAAGACACGAGCACGAAGCGGAAACGACGAAAACGAAAAAGAUCGUCCAAAGUCCGGACGACUUCGAAAUGUGAUGUGGACGGGAAUUCCGCCGAUGGUGAAAAUUCAGACUCCGAUAAUGUGGAUAAAUUCAAAGAUUUUCUUCAAAGUGACUCGGACGAUUAGCAAUCAGCGGUCACAGCUAAUCAAAUGACCUCCAUGUUGGCUGAGUAAAGGUACUUUUGUUAACGCAUAUAGAAAGGAGAUAACAAAGUUACUAUUUUCUUUCGUACAUAGUAGCGCAAAUCCCACUACUCCGUUUGUGGCCGUGGGAGAUCUGGGCUCGAGAUAUCUGGAGGACUUUCUGUAUGCAAUAAUAUUGAGUUCCACACCUGAAAAGCAGGAUCUAAUUAACUUUCAAGCAUAUGAUUCACUUCAAAUAUUUAUUAAUAAUCUUUUAAGUUAGAUAUAUGGAACAUAAUAUCUUCAAGGGAGGGGUAAGGGUGUCAAGACUGUCAACCCUCACUGCCUCACCGCAUGUUGUCGCCCUUCCCCCUCCCUCUAAGAACUGCAAGACAUCGAGGCCCCAUUUCCGUAAAUCUCUUAUGACUUAAUUUAAGGGAAGACAGGAAUGUUGUGGACAGAUGGGUAAUCUGUGACAUACAUGUAGGUUACUCACAGCAAAACAACAAUAACAACAACUUUAUUUAAUUCUCUUAGGACUGCAUAUUACAAUACCGCGUUGCAAGAAAGUCUAUAACUUGUAAUUUAUUCUAAUUAUACUGCCAAUCCCACCACUGACCA